AUGAAACCCUGCUCCAAUACCAUUUCUUCUGUGGAUGGAGAUAUAGUAAUUGACGUUCCUGGACCCAGUGCCGACUACAAUGCAAAACUCGGGGACCUCGAAGAAGUCAGUCAUCACUCCACCUCCACUCAGUUUGGACACAGGUCCCGUAUUGAUGCGGAAUGCCCCUGCGUGGGGACUCUCCUGAGGUUUGAUAUGCUUGAACCUCUUCAUUUGGCGGGCACUGCUGGUCUGACAAUAGGCAGGAAAAUCAAAUCCAUUCUCAGGAAAACUGGACAGACAAGUUUGGCUGGACCGACGCCUCUCCCGUCGCUUCUAGCUGGUUAG